AAACAACCUGAAUUCUACGUCAGAUCAUACCAAUUCGAGUUCUAUUGCAUCAUCUUCCAAUGCAAAUUCAAAUCAGAGGCCUGAGAAUUCACGGCCUUUGAGUUCUUCUAAUUCGGCUUCUUCAGCGGUCAACGGAAACACUCUACCAGGACCAAGUACAGCUUCCGGAAGUAAUUCAGCACGAGCAUUUGGCUCCAUUGAAGAUCAGGCACCAUUGCCCCCCGGCUGGGAACGUCGUGUAGAUCAUCUUGGACGUACAUAUUAUGUCGACCAUAAUACACGAACUACCACAUGGACAAAACCAUCGAUGAAUGCAACUGCAACUCAGCUGCUACAGGAGCAUCAAAAUAUAACAGAGUUGGAACGUCGUAGACAUAAUAAUCGCACACUUCCUGAAGAACGUCUAACAGGUUCCUCAUCUAUGCCCAACAAUGCAUCAUCAACAUCUAUUUCUGGUUCUGGUGCUGAAGCGUCUACAAGUACUGCCAACACGACGUUAGCCCCUCUAGGACAUGUUGGGACAACAACGGCCGGCUUUGGACCAUUGCCUUCUGGUUGGGAGCAAAGAACUACACCCGAAGGUAGACCGUAUUUUGUGGAUCAUAACACAAGAACAACUACUUGGGUAGAUCCUCGUAGACAACAGUAUAUUAGAAUGUAUGGUGGUGGAAAUGCGAACAAUGUCACCAUCCAACAGCAACCUGUAUCUCAACUAGGACCACUGCCCUCUGGCUGGGAAAUGCGUUUGACAAGUACUGCUAGAGUGUAUUUUGUAGAUCACAAUACAAAAACCACCACAUGGGAUGAUCCUCGGUUACCUAGCAGCUUAGAUCGAGAUGUGCCUCAAUAUAAACGAGAUUUUCGUAGGAAGCUUAUUUAUUUCAGGUCUCAACCUGCUCUUCGACCUGUACCUGGUCAAUGUCAUAUUAAAGUCCGACGAGAAUAUAUUUUUGAAGAUGCUUAUUCAGAAAUCAUGCGACAACAACCACAAGAUCUAAAAAAACGAUUAAUGAUUAAAUUUGAUGGUGAAGACGGAUUAGAUUACGGUGGCUUGUCCAGAGAAUUUUUCUUUUUGCUUUCUCAUAAAAUGUUUGAUCCAUUCUAUUGCCUGUUUGAAUACUCCGCUCAUGAUAACUACACCCUCCAAAUUAAUCCUCACUCGGGAAUCGAUCCUCAACAUCUUAAUCAUUUUAAAUUCAUUGGACGAGUGGUCGGGCUUGCCAUUUUCCAUCGUCGAUUUUUAGAUGCAUUCUUCAUUACAUCCUUUUAUAAAAUGAUUCUAAAGAAAAAAGUUGGCUUGGCUGACAUGGAAAGUGUAGAUGCAGACUUUUAUAGAAGCUUAAAAUGGGCUUUAGAGAGUAAUAUCACUGAUGUUUUGGAUUUAACAUUUUCCACCGAAGACGAACGAUUUGGCCAAGUUGAAAUAGUUGAUUUGAAACCGAAUGGUCGUAAUAUCCAAGUAACGGAAGAAAAUAAGAAAGAAUAUGUCGAACUCAUCACAGAAUGGCGUAUUUCUAAACGUGUUGAGGAUCAAUUUAAAGCAUUUAUGGAAGGAUUUAAUCAACUUAUACCACAAGAGUUGAUUACAGUGUUUGAUGAACGUGAAUUAGAGUUACUCAUUGGAGGUAUCGCUGAAAUUGAUGUCGACGAUUGGAAGAAGCACACCGAUUACCGAGGGUAUACAGAAUCAGAUGAUGUUAUACAGUGGUUCUGGAAGUGCGUACGGUCAUGGGAUGGCGAAAAGAAAUCGCGUUUAUUGCAAUUUACUACCGGAACAUCUCGUAUUCCUGUUAAUGGGUUCAAGGACUUACAAGGAAGUGAUGGGCCUCGUCGAUUCACAAUUGAAAAAGCAGUAGAUACUAGUCAGUUGCCGAAGAGUCACACCUGCUUUAAUCGUAUUGAUUUGCCACCAUACAAAAACUAUGAAGC